GGCCCCGCCUCCUUGCUGCUGUUGUCAAUCCCGGUUUGGUCUUGCGCGUUCGUGGAAGUCCCUCGCGGGACACCUCUCACCGCCACCGGCUCCUGCUUUCUGGCUUCCAAAUCUGGGGCGAUGUCUCCCCACGUUAGAUUACCCUAGUUCCUGCUCCAGAUCGCCUCCCCUCUGCCCCGCCAGAACCCAGCAGUUCAAAAAUUGAAUUUGGGACAGGAGGGGCACGCCAGAGCGCAGCUGUUUCUGGAGCCUGCGGCAGCGGUGGCGAACCACCGGGUGGCGACCGUGAGCGCCGGGCGAUGCUCAGACACCUGGAGACCCUGCCUGAGGAUGCGGCCAAGGCCUUGGGGAAAGGAAGCCAGCCCCCAGGGCCAGUCCCAGAGGGCCUGAUCCGCAUCUACAGCAUGAGGUUCUGCCCCUGUUCUCACAGGACCCGCCUCGUCCUCCAAGCCAAAGGCAUCAGACAUGAAGUUGUCAACAUUAACCUGAAAAACAAGCCUGAAUGGUACUACACAAAGCACCCUUUUGGCCAAAUUCCUGUCCUGGAGACUAGCCAAUGUCAACUGAUCUAUGACUCUGUUAUCACUUGUGAGUACCUGGAUGACGCUUAUCCAGGAAGGAAGCUGUUUCCAUAUGACCCUUAUCAACGAGCUUGGCAAAAGAUGUUGUUGGAGCUAUUUCAUAAGGUCCCACAAUUAACCAAGAACUGCCUGGUAGCGUUGAGAUGUGGGAGAGAAUGCACUGGCCUGAAGGCAGCCCUGCGUCAGGAAUUCUGCAACCUGGAAGAGAUUCUUGAGUAUCAGAACACCACCUUCUUUGGUGGACCCUGUAUAUCCAUGAUUGAUUACCUCCUCUGGCCCUGGUUUGAGCGGCUGGAUGUGUAUGGGAUAGCGGACUGCCUGAGCCACACACCAGCCCUGCGGCUCUGGAUAUCAGCCAUGAAGCGGGACCCCACAGUCUGUGCUCUUCUCACGGAUAAGUGCAUUUUCCAUGGUUUCUUGAAUCUCUAUUUUCAGAACAACCCUGAUGCCUUUGACUUUGGGCUGGACUGAGCCUCACAGUCCACCCCUUCACCGUCCAGAAUUCCCCAGCUUGUUGGGAGUCUACAUCACGGAUUGUCUUGGGAAUCAAUCUGUCUCUCUUUUAAGUUCCCAAUAAAAUGAAAACAGGAAAUGUA